CCGAGCAGCUCGUCGGUGGCGGGAACACAAAAGUGGUCACACUCUUCUUGCCAAAUCAAACAGGGUUCACUGAAGAGGAGAUAUGUGGGACCUGGGGAUAAUACAGAAGAGUAUACAGAUCUUCAAGGAGAGACUCCUUUGAGCGAGGGUAACAUGGAAACUCAAGCUAACGAAACGGGUGAGAGAUACAACAGACCUCAGGGUAGUUUUUGGAACCUUUGUUGCCUCUUUAUUCGAGGAUGCAGACGCAAAACAGAGGACGCAGUCGCUGGAAAACCGUUGACGAUUACAACUACUCCAGUUGGAAGCCUUGUUCGCGGAUCCCUAUCAAACUCUGUCACAGGUGGAUCGAUGAGAAAUCCUUUGAGCAGCGACCGAACUGCACUUAAACCAAAAACUAACAAACACCAAUGGAUGAGUGUUCUUAAGAGAAGACGGUCGAUGUUGUCCGAUAACUGUAUAAACGAGUUCCCAAGUCGUGAGAAUGAUACAGUAUCGCAACUGUUGACUAAAGCACAAAUCACCUCACCUAAAACGACUACAGUUACAAACAAUCUAAAAAAUCAUGGGUCACCGUCUUGCCUUGUGAGAAAGGAUUUAAAACACGGAACGUUCAAUGUUGUUUCGCUUGAAGGCGAGCAUUUGCAUGAAUCGGCUGUAAAUAAGGCUGAUCCAAUCGGACUUAUCACACAAGCGGCAGUCGCUGCUGCUUCCAGGCCUUCGUCUAACGGAGAAGAAUUGCCAAAUGGACUCCACCAAAAACUGCCAACAACUGAGGAAUGCCAGCUGAUAUCUUACAUUGAACUUUGUGAGCGACGGGUAGAGCGACUUCAUAACAUGAUAAGUGGGCUCCAAAAAGAGAAAAAUGCAUUACCCACAACGCUUACACAGCAAGUAAAGAAGCGGGUUAUGUCAAUAAUCCGUCCGGCAGAAACUACAACGCGAUCACGAGACUCCUUACCUCAAUACCGUAAGGAAGUAGCGAUAUCACUGUCGGAAAUGGAGAAAGUGGAACAAAAAAUGUAUCGAAUAUCUGAGCGGAUACGAGAAUUGAAAUUUCAACUUGAGUCAUAUGCCUACCUGAGCUGGUUGGGUCUUACACCGGAAACGCAACAAAGUCGAGUUGCCAUCCCUGGUCGAUACGCUCCAAUGCCGAACCCUCAACUACAUAUGAUACGCCGAACUGACUCUGAAUGUAGAAUGACCAUACAAGAGUACAAUCGACUGUGGUAA